CCACCCUGCCACUGGAGGUUACCCUCCUGUGCCACCCUGCCACCGGAGGAUACCCUCCUGUGCCACCCUGCCACCGGAGGUUACCCUCCUGUACCAACCUGCCACCGGAGGAUACCCUCCUGUACCACCCUGCCACCGGAGGGUACCCUCCUGUACCAGCCUGCCACCGGUGGCUACCAUCCUGUGCCACCCUGCCACCGGAGGGUACCCUCCUGUACCACCCUGCCACCG